AUGGCAGACGCAACCGAUUCAACCGCUGCCGGCAGCGCACUGCCGCCCACGAACAACAUCGACUCUGACACCUCAAUCAUCAACACAACCACCGAGACCAUUACACAACCUACAGAACCCUCUACUGAAGAUCCCGCACUCGAGGUAGACCGCGACCUGGACGCCGAGAUCAAYCCCACCUCAUCCACUGAAACCAUGGUGAUGAACAUGGAUGGCGCCAAUGACGCCUCAGGUCCCGCGGCCGCGCCUGAGACCAACGGCCUGUCCUCCAUACCCGCUGUCCUCGAGCCUCGCAUACCCCAGAAAAAAGACACCUCCCUCCGCGAAUUCCUGGGCAAAAUGGACGACUACGCCCCGCUGAUUCCCGACGCCGUCACCGACUACUACCUCACACUCGCGGGUCUACCACCUCCGCCAGAGACUGAUCGCCGCCUUGCCCGUCUGCUCGCGCUAGCCACCCAAAAGUUCAUUGCGGAUAUCGCUGCCGACGCCUACCAAUACAGUCGCAUUCGUAGCACGAACACUACCUCGAACAACCCGCUGACUGGACUGGGUGGCGCAGCUGGAUUUGGUAUGAGCGUGCAGCAAGGUGGAGAGGGCGAGGGCGCCGGCAAGGGUGCGAAGAAGGAUGCUGGCAAGGCACAGCCAUUGGGUGGACCGCGAGCUGGGUUUGGUGGUGGAGGAGGAGCGGGCGCCAGCCAGGGAAGGACAGUCUUGACAAUGGAGGAUCUGGGCAUGGCCGUUGGCGAGUACGGCGUCAACGUCAAGCGGGGAGAGUUCUACCGAUGA